CAGCCACACACAGGAAUCGAGCUGAGACAAAAGCACACACAUUUGCGGACUGCAGACGUCUGAACUCUCCUGAUCAUGACUUCUGAAACAACCGAGACAGCCGUGAAGACAGAGGUGGCGGACGGGGGUCCAGCUGCGGGAAAAGGAGGCUGCAAGUGGCCUCUGAGUGAUCCCCACAUUCACAGAGAGGAUGUGAGAAAGGUCUGGAAGGAGUGUCAAGAGGAAAGCUUCUGGCACAGAGCUCUCCCUCUUUCUUUGGGCAGCAUGGCCGUCACAGGAGGCCUCAUUUACAACGGUGUUUGGAAAUCAUCAAAAAGAUUUGGUCCUUUUCCAAAAUUAGCAGUGGCGGGGCUCCUAGGGUUUGCUGUGGGAAAAGGUUCCUACAUUAGAACUUGCCAAAGCAAGUUCCAGGAGCUCGGACUGAAGGAUUUUGGACCCAGGUCUGAUAGAGAACGCAGCCAUCCGGGUCACAGAGCCUGCAAUCACGUGUGUGAGGAGUGUCAGAGAAAAGCUCAGGAUGCUCCUGCAGAAAAGGUUUGAAUCCAGAAGCCUUAUCAGAAAUUCAGAAGAUGCUGCUGACUUGCUGCCUUUUCUACCCGAUGCUGAGCAUUUUCAUGAAUUAAAGGACAUUAAACCUCUAUAGAA